AUGCGCAAAAGGAAAUCGUUAAAAAAGGCAGAUGAAGAAUCCGACGCCUCCGAAGGUGGUGCAGAGCCCGAAGAAUUUCAAGAUUCAGGUGAAGAUUGGACCCCUGAUGCCGAUUCGAAUGAGCAACCAGUUCGCGGUGGCAGAAAACGAACAUCAAAAGCUGCCAUUAACAAUUCCAAAAAGAAACGUAAAAACUCAUCAUCAGAAGAAAGUGAGGGUGAAGGUGAAGAGGAUGAUGAGGCUGAGGAUGAAGAAGGGGAACUAGAAGACGAAGAGGGCUCGGAUGAUGAGAAAAACGGCUCCGAUGGAAAUAAAUCUGACUCAAGUCAAUCUAAAGAUAUACCAAAGCACUUCCAUUCUGGUAACUUUGUUUUACUGAAAUCCGAUGUUAAAUGGGACGGUGAUACAGUGAUAUCUAAACUGGAUGAACUCAACCUUUGGAAAAUUGAUGGAAAGGCAUUAUUGCAGAAAUUCAUUCCGAUGGAAUCUAACGGAAAGAUUCUACACAAAUGCACAUGUGUGUAUUCUGGUUGGAAUGUCGAUAACAGAGAUAACUACUAUCCUAUCACAGAAAUAUUGAACAGAAAUCCCCAGACUGACUCUAAAGAAAUAUGUGUAGCGCUAGAUCUCAACGAUCUCAUCAUGGGUAUUGCUAUACAGAGUAAGAAAUGUGCCAUGUGUCGAACCCAUAUCCCAAGGGAUUAUUUUGAUCAUCCAAUUUUGUUAGAGAAACAGCCAGUGGAUGAAAUUGAUGAAGAUUGUGAUAAUAACAAGUAUCAGUGGUAUUAUGAGGGUAGAAACGGUUGGUGGAAAUAUGAAGAAAGGAGCAAUGCAGAUUUAGAAGCCGCUUUCACAUCAGGUGUCAGCGAGUGUCUAUUGCUACUGGCCGGUACCAUUUACUGUGUAGAUUUUCAAAACAUGGUUCAAAUAAGACGCAGUGAUCCCACAAAAUUGAGAAGAGUGAAACGAGAUAUACCAACAUUUCCAUCUAAAGGUAUUGCUGGCAUAAAAAAAAUUGAUCCACAACAAGAUACUGAACAAACUGGACAGGAUGUAAGCGAUGAAAAUACUAACACUGUACAAGAGGGUAACAUAACAGAUGUAAUCAAUGUUAGCGAGGAAUCAUUGGUUGAAGUCGACAACAGCUCUAUUGAAAGUUUAUCAGAUGGAAUAAGAAACAUCACUCUUCAACAUGAUAAUGCCACAGAUGAAAGCCCUGUUAGUUCAUUAAAUGAAAACGAUGUUUUAUCAACUGAAGACACAUGA